UGAAUAUGGCGGAAAAACAAAGUACAAAAGUUUCGGCAGAUAAUGGGCAAUGAAUUCUCUAGCUUAAAUUGACUUAAUCCGUGUGUUAAUCGUUACUGACGCGUGUUUACGUUUCUCAUGUGAUGUGUUACUCAGCAGAAGAGGAGGACUUCUUCAAUGCCGAUAAUAUAAGGCGUAGGACUACAGCUUGUGAGUUGGCAUGAAAGCAGUGCUGUUCUCGGCGUUCAGCUGUGUAGCGCUAAUGGUUGCAAGCGAAAACAACAGCUGCGACAACGCUGAGGCGCAUUCAUAUUUAUGUUUACAAAAUUGCAUUACAUGAUUGGUUGAUGUAGGCGCACUACAAUUGUCGGGGAUCUUCUUAAUGCUGACUGAACUACAGGUUCUCAUGCAAUAGUGCAGCUUCAAGCAAGCAAACAGUAUUGUUAAUUUGGUUUGCUAGUUUCCAAACUGAGUGCCUUAAAAUGAGUAUGAAGAGGAUUCGCCGCAGGCUUUCUCAGACGUUCCGUUUCAGCAUUGAAGGAUCAUUAUCUGAGUUAGCUGAACAGUUGACUAUUGAUAAUAAUGAAGAAAUUAAGAAGAAUGGUGUUGUUUCUGGAUUUUCGGAAUUCAACAGGAAGCUUUCACUGUCACAUUCUCGAAUUCUGGAACCAACGCAGCAUGGAGGUGUAGUGUAUGAGAAUCGACGGUUUGGAUCUGAUGGAGAAUCAGAAGAGGCAUCAGGAACUUCAGAUGAAGUAAUGUCUCCAGCUCCUGUGAAACUUCGUCCAAAAUGUCGGAGACUGAGUGAGCAAGACAUUAACAAGCGACUGUCAUUACCUGCUGAUCUUCAUCUUCCGGAAUCUUUUAUUGCAAAGCAAAAUGUGAGUCCUACAAUUGAGGGUCCACUCACACGUGCUACGAGAAGGCAAUCACUUUCAGAGAUUGGAUUUGGGCGUAUUGAAACGUAUACAAAGUUAGAUAAACUUGGGCAGGGCACAUAUGCGACUGUUUUCAAAGGAAAAUCACGGCUGACUGAUAACCUUGUUGCCUUAAAAGAAAUUCGCCUUGAACAUGAAGAAGGCGCUCCAUGCACAGCAAUAAGAGAGGUUUCUUUACUUAGGGAGCUCAGACAUGCCAACAUAGUGACAUUACAUGACAUAGUUCAUACUGAGAAGUCUCUCACCUUAGUGUUUGAGUAUUUAGAAAAGGAUUUGAAGCAAUACAUGGAUGAGUGCUGCAACAUUCUCAGCAUGAACAAUGUAAAGAUAUUCCUUUUCCAGCUUCUUCGUGGUCUUGCGUACUGUCACCGAAGGCGAAUACUACAUAGAGAUCUUAAGCCACAAAAUCUCUUAAUAAAUGAAAAGGGUGAACUAAAGCUGGCUGAUUUUGGUUUGGCUAGAGCAAAGUCUGUUCCUACAAAAACAUACUCAAAUGAAGUCGUAACACUUUGGUACCGCCCACCAGAUGUGCUUCUCGGUUCUACAGAGUAUUCAACUCAGAUUGAUAUGUGGGGUGUUGGGUGCAUCUUUUAUGAGAUGGCAAGUGGCAGACCACUUUUUCCAGGAUCUACAGUUGAUGAGGAGCUAAGACUUAUUUUUCGGGUGCUGGGUUCACCCCCAGAGGAUGCCUGGGGUGGUGCUGCUGCAUCAUAUGCACAUCCUUACAAUCCUCCUACACCACUGAAUUCUUGGGCUCCUCGUUUAGAUGCAGAUGCCACUGAUUUACUCACAAAGUUCCUCAAUUAUGAAGCCAAAAAACGCAUAUCUGCAGCAGACGCAAUGAAACAUCCUUACUUCCAUUCACUGGGAUCAGCAGUUCAUAAACUACCUGAUGUUGCUUCUAUCUUUACGAUUCCUGGAAUACAAAUUACUAGAGAUCCUGGAUCUCAUUUCCCAAAGUCAACAACAAGUGGGAGAAAUCGCCGGCAGAGUAUGUUGUUAUGAGACCCUGCUCAAUGUAGAAGAAUACAUUGUAAAUAGUUUUAUUAUUGACUGUGCAUUCAGACAGGACAACUACUGAAAAUAGUAAAUACGUUAUUUUUUGAUGAUCAUAUUACCUGUGCCUGUUAGAAGUGUGUGGAAAUGUUUACUUUUUACCGUAUUUCAAUAUUCUCAGAAAAAGGUGCAAGAUUGAUGCAGUCUUCUCUCUGAAGUUGAUAAUUCAUUGGAAGAACAGAAUUACUCGAGUGUGAGAAAUUAUUAUUGUUUUAUUGAAAGUGUAUAUAUCUAUAUAUGGAUCAGACACACAAUGUGAAUGAAGGUCAUUUCAAAGCAGAAUGUUAUUUUGGCAAACUAUUUAAGUAGCUGCCAUUUUUCCAAAUAAUGAUUGAAAGUUUUUCUUGGUAGUAAAUGAGUAGUACUUUUAGUACAUGGUUGAUUAUUUGUUGUGCUUAUAAACAAAGCUGACUACAUGUCCGCAAUUGUUUCUGAAGAACCUGACUACCCAUGCUGGUCAUGGAAUGGUGAGCAAGGCCCAUGUAUACACAUCACACUGUGUCCAGACUACAACUACAAUUGUGAAAAUUGUCUGUUAGUGGUGAAAAUGCCAAAAAAAUUAACACACUUUUGGCAUGCAAGAGAAUUUUUAUAGUAUUUCAGUAGUUACAAAAUGUGUCUAGCUGCUGCUGAAAACUCUGUGAAGUAUGACAAAUCUGUGUCACCUCAUUAAAUAUGUUAUCUCACCAUACUGGUCAUAAAAUGUUGAGGCCCACAUCAUCACAUCAGUUUUAUGGAAAGAAUUCCUUGUUGUUCACAUAAUUCCAGUUUGUGUGUGAUUCCCAUUUCAUGCCAUCCUUAAGGUGUAGGACAAAAGACACUGGCUUUAAAUUUUCGCAUGAGCAAAUUUUAUUUUUAUGUUCCUCGUUAUUAAUAUUCAUUCAUUUUAAUCUUCUUUACACUCUCUUUAGAUAAGUGAUAAGUUUCAGAAGUUCUGCAUAUUCCUGAUGUUUCGCCAGUACCAAUAACUAUGUAUGCUUUACUACUUCAUACUUACCAGAUGUGGCAGGAAAGGGAACAGCUUACCUAAAACUGUGUGACAUUAGAAAUUAUGGCAUGUUCUCUAUAAGUGCAAACUGUAUGGGUAUUGAAUGUGGUGCAUCUCCAGUUUAUUUAAAGCAUUGGUGUAAAUCUACAACACAGAUGCCAAAAAAGAUUAUUUCAAGUGCAAUAAAGAUUAUUGUGUCAUCUCGCUUUAUAUAUCUGUUAAUGAUGAUGAUGGCAGCAGUUUUGACGCUUUCGUACUAUUUCCCUAACUAAUGAAUUUUUGUUUACAGACUCCUCUGAACCUGAUAGAUGACAUUCUGUGUGACCAGUGAAUGGGAAGGGAUUUGUAAUUUAUCAGAUCCUUACAUUACGAAUGCAGUGGUGUUUAUUUCAUUUUUAAAAAAGAAAAAAAGCUUCUGUGUUGAUUUCUUAAAAUUUCUUGGUCUUCAAAAUGCUUUAAAUCGAAAGCUUUUGCCUCAGGAAAUGAGAAGUUACAUCUUAUGAUUGUACAUGACAAACUGAUUUUGUAGUCCUCUUGUAACACCUUUCAUUAUUAUUGUUCUUCAAGUAUCCAUCAACCAGUUAAAAUGUGCCUUAUUGGUUAUGGAUCUCCCUUUUUCCUCAAGACAGAAAUGUCAUAUUAAAAUUUUAGUCACAUUUCUGGAAACAGAUAGCUUGAUAUAAACUUGUGCUCAUGUGUACUUCAUAGAUAAACUCCGCGUGUGUGUGUGUGUGUGUGUGUGUGUGUGUGUGUGUGUUGUUGUUGUUGUUGAUCAAAAAGGGGGAUUUACCAUUUCUCCCAAUAAGAAGCAAGGGUAUGUAGUUGUGAUGACUUUUCUUUUAUUCUGGUUGAAACAAACUGGCUACAAUCAUUCUAAUUUGUGAUGACUGCCAGGUUUUAUACACUGCAAAUCUCUUACUUUCCAUUUUAGAUACUACUGUCUACUGUGUGUCCAGUUUGUCUUAUGUACACCACAAUUACAAAGAAUUGUUGACAUUGCAAUCUUGUUUAGAAGAUUUCAUCUAUAUUUGAUUUGGCCAUUAAUUCUAGCCAUUGUAUUGAAAAAAAAAUCUAAAAAUAAUUUUCCAAAAUCACUUCCAGUUUUCCAUUGGUGUUAAUAUGAUCUUGCAAAAAUGUGUUUGCAGUCAUAUGAGGAAAAUUGUUUUUAUGAAUGCUGAACACUUCACAAUAGUUUUUUUGUCAUCAUUUAAAAAAUUCUGUAUGCAGAAGAUUUCUUUUCAGCUGCUUGCAGCUCCUCUUUCUGCAACAUUUGCUGGAAAAAGAAAGUUAUCAUUUCAGAAAUGUUAACAUUGUGAAAUUGUUUUUAUAGAUGAAUUUAUCCACAAAACACUUCCACUGGCAACAACAGCAAUUAUCAUAUCUCUUUAUGUUGAAAGAAGAGGUUCUUGUGAUUUUCACAUUUAUUUUGUCAAUGACAUAGUAUCAUAAAAUAAUUUCAUAUUCUGAUACACAAAAUCUUUUGUUAGGUUUUUAUUUAUUUAUUUAUGUUUAGAUACCUACAAUAUACUGACAGUUUCCUCAAGCAAGAGAAGUAAGAUGUUAUCUAAACUAAUUUUGAGUAAAAUACAUCUUUACUUUAAAGUUUUUUAAUUGGGAUUAAUAUUAGUAAUGACUGUGGUAUUAGAUAUUGUGAUCUGUAGCCAGAAAUUUGAACUGCUAUACUCAUUGCAGAUCACUCCCAAAAUAAAUGAAAUAAUUGUGCCCAUAGUUCGUCAUUUUUAUAUAUACAUAUCUUUCAGGUCCCUACGUUUGUUAGUGUUGUGUGCCUAUGACCCAUACUUUGUGCACACUAAAGUGUACCUUUUUCUGUUUGAGUUUCAGAACAUUUUAGUUAUUUAUGCUGGCUUCUGGACAUUAUCCUUAUAUUUCUAGACAGUAGAUUGUAUGGUUGUUGAAUUUUUGUCACUAAUUGUAGUUUAUGGUGAGCCUAGCUUUGUUGCUGUUUUUGUGCAAAAGCUGUUACAGUCAAAGAUUCUACAUUCCAUAUAUUGUCUCAUGUAGAUCCUACAAAAUGUGUUCAUUAUGUUCCAGAAGGUGAUACCAGCUUAUAUUUAAAUUGUAUAGAUUAGUGAAUUUGGAAAAUAUUUGUUACUUUUGGCAGAAGAUUAAGACAGCUUCUUGUUCUGUAAAAUUGCAGAGUGUAUUUGACACUGGUACCUGCUUAGCAUGUUGCAUUUGUAACUGUUUGUAGGCUCCGUCAUCAAUAAUCUCUUUGUUACUAAAAAAAAUAUCCUAAACAGAUUUUUUUUUCUCUAAUGAAGCUGUUGAUAUUAAGUUGAAGAGUAAAGUAAAGCAAAGCAAUACGCUCUUACCAUUGUUCUGCCUAGUCAUCAAACAUUUCUUUACUUUUCACUACAAAAGUGUAAUUUUUAUGCCAUAAAUGCCUUGUAUUGCUCCUAAUAUAGGCAACUCUUUUCACUAUUCUAAUACAAGAUUUUAAUUAAAGAAAAAUACGUAACUUUUGUUCCUAAAUGUGAUGAAAAUUUCCCUUUCAUGUGUAAUUUCAAAGUGAUUGUAUUUUACGUUUUCCACAUUCUAACGAAAUUAUCAAGCUAUCUUUAUUUAUAAAAUAAUUACUUGCUUAUUUCUUAAAUAAACUGUUUCCAAUGUUACAUUCAAUAUACAUUUUCUCUCUCUUUUCUUUAAAAUCUCUUUUAAAAAUCAUUGUUCGUUAUGACUGAAGGGUAAGAGUAUUAUUUCUUUCUGGUUCAUAAGUAAUUGGUUUACUUGGAAGUUUUGCAAUUUAUUAUGAAAUUGCCAAAUAUUGCAGUUGUAAAUGUAUGCUACAUUAUUGACUUUAUAAUCAUAUCAAUAUAUGUGUAAUUAUUCAUUUUGAGACUUUAAGUCCUUAAAGAAUGCCUUCUCUAUGUUUUCCAAUAUCUUAUUUUUCAUACUUAAACCUUAUUAUCUUUAAAAGAUUUUUGCAGACUAAUCUGAUAUUAAAUAUUGUUGGAGUAUAGUGUUAAACAGCAGAUCCUGUUUUAAUGUGAAUUAAUGCCUCCAUUGUACAAGUUUUUCUUGAACAGUUUUAUCUGAAAGAGGGUAUACUUCAUGUUCUGAGCUAUGCAUUAUAGAUGUUUAAGCGGCCACAAAAAUUACAGUCUCAAUUAAUAUCAUCACUAGAAUUGUAUAGAUCAGUGAGGUACUAUAAUGUAUCCAUAAAUUAUCAAUCACUGUUAUUGUUGUGAAUGAUUUGGAGCUUUGAAUAAUCCCACAUUCAUUUCCUUUGUGUUCAAACUGAUUUUAUAUUGCAAUUAAUCAGUGGAAACCUCACCAUAAUGUCAGAAGUUGUACAAGGACCUUGUCUGUGUGCUAACAACUAAUGUAAAAUAACAUACUUAUGAAAAAUCUGAAUGUACAAAUGUGUGUUAAGAGAUUAAACUACUUCCUGCCAGAGAUACUAACAUCCUUUGUUAAGGAAUUUUGAAAUGUGGAAAAAUCACAUUGAUAGUGUUCACUAUUCUUCUAGUAUGAAUAUGAGCAGAACUUCCCAUCUGGUCACUCACUACAGAUGACAAGAUUUUCUAUUUAUUGUUGGCAUUAAAGCUCCAAGUCAUUCCAUUUGGACGAUGGUAUUAUUCAGCACUUACUUUAAACUAAUUACAAAAGUGGUUUUAGUAGAUGAAAAUCGAUAAGGCAUGAAAGCAUAUGUGAGCUACAAACUAACACUCUGUAUCUCUUAUACUGCUCUAGAUGAAGAAUCAAGAGUUAUUCAUUGGUCAGACAUUAUCUUUGCUCUUCCUUGUCCAGACAUACUGUAAGAUGUUAGGUUCUUCAAAUAUGUGCUUUAGGUGCACUUUUUGUGAUAAUUGUGGUUAAUAAUUUUGAAUCCAUUUCAGCUGUGAAAAGAAAAAUAUCAUCUUGUAUUUUGAAAAUCAGUAUUUAAUGUGUAAUUUUUUGAGGACAGUCUUUUGUGAGCUUUUAUGUACAGCUCUCACAUAGGAAAGAAGUGAACUCAUUGUUGAAGCUGAGAAAAUUAUUUCUCACUAUUUCCAUUUGCAUUUAUUAUAACUGUCUCAGUUUUCCUAAGUAGUUGAUUUAUUUCACAGCAAUAUUGUUUUAGAAAGUAUUGCUAGACUGUUUGCUAUUUUAUGUUACUGCCAAUUUUGUGUAUUAAGUUGUCCACUGAUAUUGUUGAAAGUGGUUACUGAUUUUCAGUUAGUAUGUAGAAAUGUACACUCCAGUGGAUCCUGGUCAUCGUCAGUGCACAGUGCACAGUCGUGCUUUGAGGGAGGAACUGUAAUAAGUGUACGAGUGUUCACAAUGGAAUUGUGUAGUGAACUCAGUUUGGCUGUGACAUUAAUCCAAAGAAAUAUGUGCUGUGGGCAUUAUGGAACAUGGAAUUAAAAUAAAUGUGUCAGAUAAGUCCGAGUUCAUGUAAAGUUUUACCGUGUGCAUAAGGAGUCCCAUUAAAAAGAGCAAAGUUA